AUGAAGCCAGACAUCACGGAAUUUAGAAAACACCAAGACGCCUACAAAUCGCAGAUAGAUGAUAUCCAAGGCAAGCUGCAAAUUGUGCGCCAAAAGAUCAGCAACGCCUCUGCGAACGGGCCAGCGCAUGAGCGCAGAAAGGCAUUGUUCAAGGAGCUUGACGAGCACAAAUCGAAUCAAGCAGGGAACAGGGCUAGCAGAGACAAGGUGCUUGAGAGGGUGAGAGUGUUGCACGAGUCUACGCAGAGGAAGGUAAAAGAUUUGCAAUCCUCCAAGUCUAAAAUACCUUUCUCCUCUGUAGGCGAUAUCGACAGCAGGAUCGACCACCUCAACACUUCCAUCGAAUCUGGUCAGCUCCGUUUAGCCGAUGAGAAGAGGUCUCUGCAGGAAAUAACAAAUCUCAGAAGACAGAGGAAGCUCGUUGAUGGGUUUGCCCAGCAGCAACACGCCAUAGACGCAGACAGGGCGCAAGUCGAAGCAUUGAAAGCGCACCUGGAUGACCCCGAACACAAAGCACUCGCGGCUAAAUCGGAGGCUAUUUCCAAGGGUUUGAAUGAAACGAGGGCGGAGAUGGACCAUGCACAGGCAUCCAAGCAGACACUCUUCGACCAGCGUAACAAAUUGCAAUCCGAUCUCGAUGCCGUGUACGCGGAGAAACGCUCGCACUCAGAAACCCAUCGCGAAGGUAUGGAUGCGUACUACGCCAAAGUCAACGAGGAUAAAGCUAGACGCGCACAAAGGGCCAAGGAGGAAAGAGAAGCUGAGAAUGCGCAGAAGGCUAAAUUGCAUGCUGAACAACUCCGCGAAGAUGCUAAACUGCCCGCUUUUGAACCUCUCAUUCAGGAUUGCCAGACGCUAAUUGAUCAGUUUGGGAGGAUUGGUGGGGUGCAUGUGGUGCACAAUCAUAGUGACAAUGCUGAAGGUAACCAGGGUAUUCAAGGUGCUAAUACCCCACUCGCCCAACACAACAUCCGCCAAGUAGACAACCAAGUUCCAGGCGGCACACUACUCAAGAAGAAGGAGGACGAUGAUGACGCUUACUUUGUCGGCGGAGGGAAAUCGAAGAAGAAGGAAAGGGGACAGAAAAAGACACCAGCAAAAGCGACUUCGGAGGAUAAAGUGCACGUACCUCUGGCCACACUGACAGCACUCAUCGGAUUGUCGAUCCCACCUCCAAAGUCAUACUCAGAUAUUGAGAGUACAAUUUCAAGUUUGGAGAUAAAGAAGGCAUGGUAUGAGGCAAAUCAGGAGAAGCAGACCAAGGAAAACAUUGAUAAGGCAGAGAAAGAGAUAGAGAAGAUCUUGUCAAAGAAUAAAAAGGAGCAGAACGAGUAG